CCAACCAACGUGGCACUUUGGCAUUUUGCCAAACUUCAACAGCCAGAAACAUCUGAUUCUUGGAUCUUCCAUUAAUAAUCUCCCUCUUUUCCUUGCUUGAUGGACAUAGCUUUUCCUUAGAUAAUAAAGUUUGAUAUCUGUACGUCCAUCAUAUUAAUAGGUAGAUAUUGGCAAAAAGUUGCUGAUGAAUGCCGAAGAAAACCUAACUCAAUCAUGCUUGCUGACAAGAAUGCACCAAAUGAGAAAGCAUGGAGACAGAUUGAGAAGAUGUGCCUAAGCACCAACGCAUCUGCUAUUCCAGUUGUACCUGAUUCAGAAGGAACUGAAAUCAAUCCAUUCUCUGUUGAUGCACUUGCGAUUUUUAUAUUCCGAGUACUUCACCGAGCUAAUCAUCCGGGAAAUCUUGACAAGUCAUCUCCAAAUGCUGGAUGUGUGCUGCUAAUGUUUUAUCACCUUUAUGAGGGAAAGAAUCGUCAGGAGUUCGAGAGUGAGCUUAUUGAACGUUUUGGCUCACUUGUCAGGAUGCCUCUACUGAAACCUGAAAGGUCUCCUUUACCAGAUUCUGUGAGGUCUAUUAUUGAGGAUGGAAUUAAUCUGUACAAGCUUCACAAGAAAUCGAAGGUAAGUGUUACAUUCAGAUACUGUCAAAAUGUGUAGUUAAUGAGUUCCUCCACACCCUCUCCCAGUUUUUGCAUUUGAGUUAUAGUGUUCAUGAUGAGAAAUAGUAUUAUGCCUUCCUAUAUGUUGCACCAUAUGGAGCUCUCUCUAUUACAUCCUCAGCUUAGAUAUUUUCAAAGUAAAAGUGUAUGUUGAAGCAAUUAUGAGUUGCUUUUGAAAAUUCCACUUCUUUCUCCAGAAUGCGUUAUUAAAAGUAAGGAUAUUAUGUGUGACAACUUUCUUCCAACUUCUUCAUACGAGAGGCUUCAACUCUUUUGACUUUGUGAUGACUGCGUUCUGUUAUGAUGCAUAGAGGUCUUGAUAGUUAAUGGUUAGCUGAAUAAUUCUGGUCGGUGGAGAAAAUUAAAAAAAUAUUACAGCUUACAACAGUUAUUCUGCCAGUCCAAAUAUUGGACCUUAAUUCCCUCUUUCUUUGGGCGCAAUACUUUUCUUAUUCCUUUAGUCGAUUGAAUAUGAUGAGCCGUUCCAUUUGUUGUUUGUCUGUUGAUUAUUGCUUUGCUGUCAACUUUACGAUGGUUUGUAUGAUCCAAAGCGGCACAGAUUUGGGGUUGAUCAGGGGUAACAGAAAUUUAGGGCUUAAGGGUUCUAUGAUUCUUAAUGGCAUUGGGAAGUUUCCAGCGUCAUAUGGCCAGGAAAAAGAUGGAUAUCAGGGGCUUAUAGGCUGGAAAAGCAUUAGUGAAAAUCUGAUAUGCUCAUUGAUUUCCAGUGUCCUGACUCGCAUGAUCCGGAGCUAUGAAACUCCUUUUUACGAUUCUGCUUUUGUUGUAUUGCUUUUGCCUAAUGAUAACUUUGUAUUCCACAUUUAUGUAUGUAUACACACACCACGUGCGCAUGUAUUUGUGUAUAGUGCACUAAAUUUAUUGCAACAUGAAUAUGAACCUGCAUUUUGUCUGCAUGUUUCAGUAGGUUUAAGACCACUUAUAUGCUUUUUCUUUUGGGGCUAUAAGAUCUGUUUUCCCAACCAUGCAGAAUCCUCGAACUAUCCCCCCCACCCCCCACCCCCAACAAAAGGCAAAAUAAAAGAUAGUUGUGUUAGAUAAACUUGUUAGGUUUAUGAUAUUAGUAGUUGGAGGACAAGAAAGUCUGAUGUUUGGUUACACAUUGAUAAAGUUCAUUUUUGUGUAUUUGAGUGAAAAAGCUAAGUUCACCCACCAUUCUAUAUAUACAAGUUUUCUCUUGAUUAAAAAUGUUCUAAGGUAAUGGUGUUUGUUUCCAGUUGAUUGAUUGUUACUAAUGAGUUUUUCUCGUUGUGUGUGAUUUUUUACAUUCAAUCCUGUAGAUUGGAGUCUACUAAAGGGACAUAUGCAAAAGAGAGAGUGAAAUGGGAGAAGCAAUUGAGGGAUAUUCUACUUGGAAAUGCCGACUAUAUCUCAAUUCAAUACAGGUAAGUUUGUGCAGCUUAGAUCUCUCAAGGCACGUAAUUCUCUGAUCUUACCUUCCACUGGAAAUAAAAUUAUGAUUGCUAUAAUUGUUAUUCAAGCCCUUCGCUUCAGAUGUUACCCAUGACACGUAGAUGUACUACAUGCAUACAUUAUUUGAAUUGACGUACCUGUGUAGUAAUUGUGUGGUAAAGAUUGGGGUACUUCGUGUGGGUUCUUCAAAUACGCCAAAAAUCAGCAACAAAUUUGGCGCCAUACCAGAUACAUAGACUCACCCGUAUAGGAUAUAUAUAUAUAUAUAUACCCGUAAACGAGUUCAUAUAGCAUAGCCAAUGACAAAGCACAGAAGCUUCUUUACCUGCGCUGUUUGCAUAGAUGUGUUUUUUCUGUAUGUAACUCUUCUUUGACAUGGGGAGGCUGUAGGGAUUUGGAGGAAAGAGUGGCUUAGGUAGGAUGCCAUGUCUGUAGAAAAAGAAUGAAUUACUUGCCUUAAAGUGAGCUGGUAUGCCAAAGAAGAUCAUACAUGCUGCAUGAGCAACGCCUUUCUGUUAUUUGGGUUAGUUGGAUGAUUCAAUAUUCCAUGAUCAGCAACC